AAUAUUAAUAUUUUUAGAUAAUUAGCAAUCGUUUGUAAAAUGUUUGCGAGUUUGCUAAAUAUCAAAAACUUAUGAUUUUGGUAAUCUAGGUGAUUGGACAUAGACAAAGUACUCUGAUGGCUAUGUAAAUUCUUUUCUUAAUCUUAACCCAUAUAUUGUUUGAUUAAAAAAAAAAAAAUCAUUUUUGAAAUGACGCAUGACGCAUUAUAUUUACAUUUUUAUUUUGCGUGGUUUUUUCAUCAUUUUUCAUAUAUGUAGUGAAAUUGUUUACAUUUUAGUUAUUAAGAAUCUAAAACGUACCUGGAAUUUGUGCAAGAAGAACUGUGUCAACAUAUGAGUACAUUAAGAAUGGCUAAAGAAGACAUAUUGCUACGAGUUGAAAUGGGAAAAUUAGAAAUAGAGCCUAUAAAGCUUAAUAUCACAACUACUGAUGAGAAUCCUUUUAUAAAUCAGUUACAGCAGAAAAGAAUUUCUAGACAAACAACACAAAAUAACUGUUCAUGUACUUGGCAAAAGAAAUAUUUAAAUCCAGCAAUACACAAAAAAAAGAAUAAUAAGAUACUUAAGGAUCCUGUGUUAAAGUUACUCAAGUCAAAUACUGCAGGUAAUCAGCAAGAGGAGCAUCCAAAAAUUAAUAAAAACACUUCAGCUUCUGCUGAAUAUUUAAAUGUAGAUAUUUUAAAUUUAUGUGCACUUGUUGAUAAUUGUAAUCAGCUGCGAAUAUCAUCAAAUACCAAAAAGGAUAGAGAGAUGGCAGUUACAGAACAUAAUAAUCAAGCAAAAUGGUGGAAGAAUGAUUUGAUACAUGCUAGACAGAUUAGAAAAUCAGUAGUAGAAAAUAACCAAACGGGUACUUGCUCUCAACAAGCACUCAAUCCUCCUUGUGAUGUAACAAUUGAUGAACUAGCAAGUUAUUUUGAAACUUUGGUCCAUAUACCUAAAAAGAUGUCAUCAAUGGCAGAAAUGAUGUAUAUUUAAAAAGCCUAUGUUAUUCUAGAACAAGAAGUGGUCCAAUGUUCAUGAUUUCUUCCACAAUUUACGAACAGCAAACUUAUCAAGUAAGUAGUGAAUAAUAUGGACUUACAGUAUCUAAAUAUAUUAUUUUAAUAAAGUUCUUACUACAUUUGAAGUUUACAUAGACAAUACACAUUUUAACUCUACAAAAUUUCCCUUUUUAUAAGUCAUGUAGGUAUUUGCAUAAAAUAAAUGUACUGUGGCAUGCAAUUGGGUAUUUGACAGUUGCAACAAUAAAAUCCUAUUUUAAUAUUAGAAAUGUGAAAGUUUGUAAGGAUGGAUGGAUGAUUUUUCACAAAAAGAACUAAAUGGAUUUGUAUGAAAUUUUGGUACACAAGUUAUAUCCUAACUUGCACAUAGGAAGGAUACUUUAUAUACUUAAUGAUUCAUAUGGGCAAUGCCAUGUAUGCCUAGUAUUAAAUAUAUUUGAUAUCCUAGCUUAAAUGUAAACAUAUACAAUAAUAUUUUUUAUUAAGAUAAAUAUAAAUGUUUUAAUACAUUUAAUUUUUUAUUUUGUAUAGAUUAUAGAAACAAAAGUCGGUAGUCAUGAUUGAAUUGAAUGUGAUGUCACAUUUUAUAUUUUUAAACUUUUCUUUCAAAAAUGCUUAGUGUUGUAAUUUGUAAUUUUGACAUCAUUAAGAAUCUUGAAUGCCCCAAUAUAUCAUUUUCUCUGUAUGAUACUCUCCCCAAAAAUAUUUGUCACCCUGUUAACAUUAAAUAUCUUUUCUCUAUGAAUAUGAAUCUUUGGUCUUUUCUCCUUUAGUGUAUGUCCUAGAAAAAUUUCUAUCCCAAAAUAAUAUAAAAUUAUAAUAUGUUCCUUUAAUGUUAAACUAUCAUUCACCAUUCUUCCUGACAAGGAAAUCUUAUCGCAUCACUGAUAAAAUUGCAGUGUCAUAAAAAAAAGGUUCAUAAUAAAGUGUUUUGGAUAGAUCAUUAAAAAAAUGCUUUGCUAGCAAACUGUAAUGUUAAUGAUGGAAUAUGUUGCAUAAGAAUCUGCCAUUAAAACUGCACCUACUUCAUAUUUUGCUUUGUAAUGUGUAACAUGGCUGUUACAACAAAUUUAACAUUCCCUGGCGGGAAUGUUGAAUUUGUCAGAGCACACAUAUUCACUUACCUGACAUAAAACCAGACUAGUUAUUUCUAAGUACCCUCAAGAACAAUAUAUGACAUGCCUCUCCCCCAAGAUGGUUUCUAUUUUCUUUUUCUUACACAUAACACUAAAACUUAUCACUACCUAUUACAUUAUUAGUAUUACACUACUAGUCUAUAUUUCUUAUAACUGUUCUAAACAUUUUCACUAUCAGUGUCUCUCUCUACAGAUGACUGCUGGGAAAUUUCUAGUUCCUUACCACUAAAAUUUUCAUCUUCAUCGGUAUUACUGGCAAUCCUUUUGUUGAUCGAUUUUGCCGGUAAUUCAGACAUAUCUCUUUUAUUAACUUUUGGUCUAGCAUUCUUCUCUUGUGGACUCUGAUAUAUCUCUAUAUGUUGUGGUCCUGACACAUCAAUUAUAUCAGUCCAUUUAGAUGGUGAUGGUACUAACACAUCAUUAUCCUCAUCUUCAUCAUCUUUUCUUUGUUGACUAUUUUUAGGUUGAAUAAUAUUACAUUAUAACUGUUUCGUUCCCCCCCCCCCCCAAAGCUAUGCAUCUGAUUGAUAUGCCUUUUUAAAAGUUUUCCAUUCCAUUUUAUUACAUAUCUACAAACUCCAAUUUUUUUCUCAACUACUCCUUUUAGCCAAUGGGGUUCUCCUCUAUAAUUUUUUAUAUAAACUGUUUGUCCCACUUCAAAAUUUCUUACUUUAGUAUUUUCAUUAUUUUCUAAUUCUUGUAACUGUGGUUUAUCUUUAGAUAAAAGUGGAUUCAGGUAGUCGAAUUUAGUACGGAAAUGUCUGUUGUUUAGUAGUUCUGCUGGUGUUUUAUUAUUUAUGCUGUUUGGUGUUGUUCGCAAACCAUAUAAAAUCUUUGGCAGUCUCAAUGACCAUGGUUCAUUUGAUAGUUUCCUCAAUUUAUUUUUUUAUUGUCUGUACUGUCUGUUCACCUUGACCAUUUGAUGCUGGAUGGUAUGGAGCUACUAAUACAUGUCUAAUACCAUUGCUCUUGCAGUAAUUUUGGAACUCUUCUGCUACAAAAUGUCUUCCAUUAUCACUUACAAUUGUAUCUGGCAAUCCUUGCUCAGCAAAUAUUUCUCUCACUAUUUUGAUUAGUGUUGUACUACUCAUAUCCGAAACUAUUUUUACUUCUGGCCACUUUGAAAAGGAAUCAAUUAAAAUAAGAAAAGUUUUUCCCUGAAAGGGUCCAGCAUAAUCUAUAUGUAAUCUAGACCAAGCUUUAUUCGGUCUUAUCCAGUGAUGUGUAACUUUUGUUGGCAUACUUCUAUUUUUCGCACAAAUAUCACAUUUUUUUAUUACUUCUUCAAUCUGUCAAUAGCUGGCCACCAGAAGUAACUUCUAGCCAUUGAUUUAGUAAUUACAAUUCUGUCAUGAGUUUUAUCUAAUUACUCUUAUACCUUGGCCCACAUUUUUUGAGGUAGCACCACUCUACUUCCCCACAGAAUGCAAUUUCUAAACGUUGACAUUUCCUUUUUUUUUGCCAAUAUAUUUUAAAUUUGCUUUUGACUUUAUUUUGCCAGCCAUUCUUUAUCCAGUAUAAAAUUUUACUCAGUUUUGGAUCUUAUAAUGUUAGCUUAGCAACUUCAUCAGCUGUAAACUCUAAUUCUAGUGGUGUUUCUUCUAAAAGUAAUACCCCUGAAAAUUCCUCUUCUACUUUUUCAGUAUUUUGAGAUGACCAUCUGCUCAAAGCAUCCGCAUUUCCUAAUUUAUUUCCUUUCACAUAUUCUAUUGUAUAGUCAUAGGAAUUCAAUAGGAUUAUGAAAUAGGAAACAUUCUAGGUGAAAUUAUAUUUGGAAUUGGGCGUUUUGGAUCAAACAAUCCCAACAAAGGCAAAAUCUGAAAUCAAAUCAAAUCAAUCAAUCUCAAAUCUUUUUUUGGUCUGUUUUUAUAAUAAUUUUUCUGCCACUCACAAAUUGAUGGAAUUUUUUUAAUUCAAAGACUAUUGCUGUUGCCUCCUUAUCUACUUGAACAUAAUUGCUUUCAUGGGCAUUCAUGGUCUUAGACGCGAACAUGACAGGUCUUACACUGCCAUCCUCCAUUUCAUGUUCUAUCACAGCUCCUAGUCCGUAUUGAGAAGCAUCACAUGAGAGUAUUAUUUUUUUCUUUAAAUCAUAAUGUACCAAUGUGUCUUCGCUUGUUAACACGUUUCGUAAUUUCUCAAAUGCUGUUUGAUGUAUUGUAUUUCUCUGCCAUUUUUUAUCUUUAUGCAAUAAAUUAUAUAAAGGAUUCGCUACUGUCGCUUUAUGUGGUAAAAAUCGGUCAUAGAAAUUGAAAAGUCCCAGGAAUGCCUGUAACUCUUUUAUAUCACCAGGAGCCGAAAAUUCCUUGAUUGCCUGGAUUUUUUCUUCAUAUGGAUGAAUACCAACCUCAUCUAUUACAAAUCCUAAGAAGUUUAUUUACUGCAAACUUGCAUUUAUUUUUGUUUACUUUUAAACCUGCUUCUUGAAGUUUUUUUUAGCACGACGUUAGUUUUUUUAGGAGGAGCAACACAACACUCGAUUAAUCGAGUGUUGUGUUUCUUUAUAUUCAACCCACUCACUAUUAUAUCAUCAAGGAAUACAGCCACCCCAGGGAUAUGCGCUAAUAAGGAAGACAUUAGUCGCUGAAAAAUACCUGGGCAUGCUUUGAUUCCAAAGGGUAGUCUCUUUACUUUGUAUAACCCUUUUGGUGUAUUGAGCGUAAGUAUCUGAGAUGUAGGUUCAUCUACCUUUACUUGUGUGUAUGCUAUCUCCUAAUCAAUUUUUGUAAAUAUUACUACCCUUGCAACUGUGUAAAAGCUUCAUCCAACGUUGGUAGAGGGUAUGUAUCUGUAUCAGUUACCGUAUUGACUGUUGAUCUAUAGUCACCGCAGAGUCUUACACCACCAUUUGGUUUGAGGUCUGGCACAAUCGGAGUUGCCCAUUCUGCGUAUGCUACAGGUUCUAAAACAUCCUCAGUAACUAGCCUGUCAAUCUCACUAUAAACCCUUUCUCUUAUGGCGAAUGGAAUAGAUCUGCAUUUAAGAAAUUUCGGGGUGGCCCAUUCCCAUGGUGUUAUGUUCACCACUGGUCCUCUAUAAUUACCCAAGCCUUCUUUAAAUACGUCUCUAUAUUUUUCAAUUAUUUUAGUACUAUCUGCAACAUCUAUCUUUAUGUUAUUUAUUCCUAGCAAUUGGAUAUUAAAAUCAUCAAACCAAUUUCUUCCCAUUAAACUCGGUCCGUGUCCCUUCACUAUAAUUAAAUGUUUCUUUUAAAUUCUUAUUACUACCCUUGUAUUCUAUAGGUACUAUCACUUUACCUAGAAUAUGUAAGGGGCUCUUUGUCCAUAUUUUCAAUGCAAGAUCAUGUUUUUUUUCAUACUAGGUAAAUUUCCUUUCCAUAUUAGUCUGGCUGUCGGUUCACUUAUCUAUCACUUAUUUAAAUGCACAUCUUGAAUCUAUUUCCAUUUCAAUUUCCAUAUUGUUAAUAACAAUGUUUAUUAAAAAGGAU